AUGCCUCCCAAAAAACUUCUUCCACCAAAAACACCAUCCUUGCCCGGCGCGCGAAAUCCUCCGUUGCUACCACAGCCGCGCACUGACACUGAGUCUGAUACCCAAGACCACCCCAAGACUGAUGACCCUGUCACAGACAAUGAGGACAACAGUGAAGGACAAGCGGAUGCUCACAAGGGCAAUCCUGUAGAUGAUACCAAAAUUCAUGAAUCCUUACCCCCCUCCGAUACUCCAGAGGAUGAAGGCUCUUCCUUGAAUGGCACCCCUUCCUCGGAGAACAACUACCCGUACCAAAACCGACAAGCAAGGAGUUGGGCUGAAUGCCGUGCAAUGCUUGCUCAGCGUGAUCAUUCCUCUUCAGAAGAGGAGUCUGACAAAGAUGAUGAUGAAUACAAAGAAGAUCAAGAAGCCGAUGAAGAAAAAGAAGAAGAAGAAGAAGAAGAAGAUGACGACAACUUACCUGCACCUCCAUCAAAGGCGAAGUUGCCCAAGAAGCGUGCACCUCCAAAAGCUCUCUCCCCAAAAUCCACAGUAACAGAGACUUCCUUGACCACCCAGGUACUCCAGGCUGCCAUGCAUGUGACGACAAAGUCGGUCGAGAAGAGUGCCGUCUCCAGUGCUCUGCCAAAAAGCUCCAUGUCAAUGGAGAUUGAUGAUGACGACAAUGACCUUCCCAUCACUUCUAGACCUGGGCAGCUGUGCCAGGAAGGCAUAGAUGACGUGCAGGAGCUCGGGGCGCAAGACACUUCAUGCUGCCAAGAUAAUUGGGGACAAAUAUGGAAAAUCUGCACAUACAAUCCUCAUCGAGGCCAGGUUGUCUGUGAAACACUCCAGGGCCGAGACCCCAUGGAACAUGCACCAAGGAUGGUACAAAGGACAAUAUCCUCGAGAAACGGAUGA